AACACUUUUAUGCUCCUCUUUUCUCUCAACUGCGCAUCUACGCCAGCGAUUUUAUAAUACUCAUUCUUGCAAAUAGCAAAAGGCCAAAAAACUGCUCACUGAAAAACUUCUAUGUGCAAAACACCCAACAGAGUCGAGUCCCUGUUACUUCUUCUCCACAAACACACAACCACACACAAGCGGGCCGAUCACCGCAAACAUGUUGCUGGAGCUCCCUCGGCUAACCAACUCUCUACGGCUCCCUUUCGAUGCCGACCAAGCGUAUCUCAACCGGAAAUCCUUACUCCAGAACCUCAAUCGCCGGAGCUCUCCAGCUGCGUUCGGAGAAUCUGAGCUCGCUCGUACGAUCAUCCAUCGAUGGGAAGAAGCUUCCAUGGAGGUGCGACAGCUGUACAAGCAGUUUAUUGCUGCGGUUGUUGAGCUGAUUGGUGGUGAGGUGAUGUCAGAGGAGUUCCAGGAACUGGCGCUGAACGUUUAUCAGCUAUUUACUGGAUCUGAAGAGGAUGAGGUUGAACAGAGAGUUUUGGCAAAUAAGUUUGAGUUGCAAAAACUAAUUGGACAUACUGUUCCGGAAGCAAAUAUGUUGAAAGUUGCAUCACUAGUAGAGAGGCUUUCUGGUUUACAGAACACUGAGUAUAGAAAUAGCAAUUCAAUGGAAAUGGUGAGUGGAGAUGGCAAGGAUUUGGAAUUUGGAGCAGACCUUGUAUUCCAACAUCCAGCUCGCUUUUUGGUUGAUAUUUCUCCAGAGGAUGCAGAGAUUUUGAUGGAGGAAACUAGCACAUCAUCUUCCAAUCACGGGGGAUGGUCUGAUUAUGGCCACUCUACAAAUUUGCCUCCUGUUGGUGAAGGUAACUUUGACCUAGAGUGGUUGCAAAAUGCGUGUGACAAAAUUGUCAGGGCAAGUACUUCACAACUGCCCCGAGAUGAACUAGCAAUGGCCAUUUGCCGAAUUCUCGACUCAGAGAAACCUGGUGAUGAGAUAGCUGGAGAUUUGCUGGAUCUUGUUGGUGACAGCUCCUUUGAAACCGUGCAAGACCUCAUCAUGCACAGAAAGGACCUUGUUGAGAGUAUCCAUCAUGGACUGUUGGUACUCAAGACUGAUAAGUCGACUUCAAAUACACAAACAAGGAUCCCAAGUUAUGCUACUCAGGUAACCGUUCAAACAGAAUCUGAACGGCAAAUUGAUAAACUUCGCCGCAAGGAGGAGAAAAAGCAUAGGCGUGGAACAGAUCACGGGAUCGAGAAUGAUCUGUCAUCCUUUUCUUUCAGUUCCUUACUACAAGCUAGUGAGAAGAAAAAUUUACUUGAUGAUCUUGUUGGGCAUGGUGAUGGGACUCAGAUUGCUGUCACAGCGCUUCCGCAGGGCACCUUGAGGAAGCAUUACAAGGGAUAUGAAGAAGUCACUAUUCCUCCUACACCAACUGCACCAAUGAAACCUGGGGAAAAGCUGAUUGAAAUAAAGGAGCUGGAUGACAUUGCACAAGCUGCUUUCCAUGGUUACAAGUCUUUAAACCGGAUACAGAGCAGAAUAUUCCAGACAACUUACUACACUAAUGAAAAUAUUCUGGUAUGUGCGCCAACUGGGGCGGGGAAAACAAAUAUUGCAAUGAUUUCUAUUCUACACGAGGCUUUAGCUGCGGAAGUCACUUCAACCUUCAGCCAUCGGUUAUCUCCUUUAAACGUAACUGUGAGAGAGCUCACUGGGGAUAUGCAACUCUCUAGGAAUGAACUUGAAGAAACUCAGAUGAUUGUAACAACUCCUGAAAAGUGGGAUGUCAUUACUCGUAAAAGCAGUGAUAUGUCACUCUCCAUGCUAGUGAAGCUCCUAAUCAUUGAUGAAGUGCAUUUAUUGAAUGAUGAUCGAGGUGCAGUAAUAGAAGCAUUAGUUGCUCGCACUCUUCGUCAGGUCGAAUCUACUCAAAGUAUGAUACGUAUAGUUGGCCUUUCUGCUACUUUGCCCAACUACUUGGAGGUGGCACAAUUUCUGAGGGUAAAUCCAGAAACAGGCCUAUUCUUCUUUGAUUCAAGCUAUCGCCCUGUACCUCUUGAGCAGCAGUACAUUGGGAUCUCUGAACAUAACUUUCUAGCUCGUAAUGACUUGAUGAAUGAUAUAUGCUACAAUAAGGUAGUGGAUUCAUUACGGCGAGGACAUCAAGUCAUGGUUUUUGUUCAUUCACGGAAAGACACAGGGAAAACAGCUGACAAACUGGUUGAGAUUGCCAGAAGACAUGAGGACUACGAUCUCUUCACCAAUGCUUCACAUCCUCAGUUUGACCUUAUAAAGGCAGGGAAUUUGUUGAUAAGUUUUCUAAAUAAGGAACUGGUCCAACUGUUUGAAUAUGCUGUUGGUAUCCAUCAUGCUGGGAUGUUACGGGCAGACAGAGGCCUGACUGAAAGACUUUUCUCCGAGGGACUUUUAAGGGUACUCGUUUGCACAGCGACUCUAGCAUGGGGAGUAAAUCUUCCUGCUCACACUGUGGUGAUUAAGGGAACUCAAAUAUAUGACCCAAAAGCUGGUGGGUGGCGAGAUUUGGGCAUGCUUGACGUAAUGCAGAUAUUCGGUCGUGCUGGAAGACCCCAGUUUGAUAAAAGUGGCGAAGGCAUCAUAAUAACCUCUCAUGACAAAUUAGCAUAUUAUUUGCGUCUUUUAACCAGUCAACUUCCAAUUGAGAGUCAGUUUAUAAACUCCUUGAAAGAUAAUCUAAAUGCUGAGGUAGCACUGGGAACUGUGACAAAUGUUAAGGAAGCUUGUGCUUGGCUGGGAUACACGUAUCUUUUCAUAAGGAUGAAAAUGAAUCCACUGGCAUAUGGUAUUGGAUGGGAUGAGGUCAUCGCAGAUCCUUCAUUGAGUCUGAAACAAAGAGCUCUGGUUUCAGAUGCUGCACGUGCUCUGGACAAGGCAAAGAUGAUGCGCUUCGAUGAGAAAAGUGGAAACUUUUAUUGCACUGAGCUUGGUCGUAUUGCUAGCCACUUUUACAUUCAGUACUCCAGUGUUGAAACCUAUAAUGAGCUUUUGAGACGCCAUAUGAGUGAUACGGAGGUAAUUGACAUGGUUGCACAUUCUUCGGAAUUCGAAAAUAUUGUCCUCAGAGACGAAGAACAAAAUGAGCUAGAAAUGUUGGCUCGCAAAUGUCCUCUGGAAAUUAAGGGUGGUCCGUCAAAUAAACAUGGAAAAGUGUCGAUACUUAUCCAGAUGUACAUAUCCAGGGGCUCAAUUGAUACUUUUUCACUAAUUUCUGAUGCAUCAUAUAUUAGUUCAAGCUUGGCUCGCAUUAUGAGAGCCUUGUUUGAGAUUUGUUUGCGGAGAGGGUGGAGUGAGAUGUCAUCUUUUAUGCUGGAGUACUGUAAGGCCGUGGAUCGUCAAAUUUGGCCCCACCAACAUCCACUCAGACAGUUUGAUAGAGAAAUUUCAGCAGAAAUACUGAGGAAGCUUGAAGAAAGAGGAGUGGACUUAGAUCGUCUAUAUGAGAUGGAGGAAAAAGAAAUUGGAUCGUUAAUUCGAUAUGCACCUGGAGGAAAGGUGGUCAAGCAAUACAUGGGAUAUUUUCCAAUGGUACAGUUAUUUGCUACAGUAAGCCCAAUCACUAGAACUGUUUUAAAGGUGGAUUUGACUAUUACACCUGAGUUCGUCUGGAAGGACCGGUUUCAUGGUACUGUGCAGCGCUGGUGGAUUUUAGUUGAGGAUUCUGAGAACGAUCAUAUAUACCACUCAGAGCUUUUUGCACUAACAAAGAAGAUGGCUAAAGGGGAGCCUCAGAAGCUAUCUUUCACUGUUCCUAUAUUCGAGCCACAUCCUCCUCAGUAUUUCAUUCGUGCAAUCUCAGAUUCAUGGUUGCAUGCAGAGUCUUUCUACACUAUAUCUUUCCAGAACCUUGCGCUUCCAGAGGCACAUACAACGCAUACUGAACUCCUUGAUCUGAAACCUCUUCCCAAGACUGCACUUGGCAAUGAAAUUUACGAAGCAUUGUAUACGUUUACACACUUUAACCCCAUACAGACACAGGCCUUUCAUGUGCUUUAUCAUACGGACCAAAAUGUUCUUCUGGGAGCUCCAACAGGAAGUGGUAAAACAAUAUCGGCUGAGCUUGCCAUGCUCCAUCUGUUUAAUACUCAGCCUGAUAUGAAGGUUAUCUAUAUAGCACCUUUAAAGGCUCUUGUCCGAGAAAGAAUGAAUGAUUGGAGGAAGCGUCUUGUUUCCCAGCUUGGAAAACAUAUGGUGGAAUUGACUGGAGAAUAUACCCCAGAUCUGACAGCACUGUUAGCAGCUGACAUCAUUAUUUCUACUCCAGAAAAAUGGGAUGGUAUCAGUCGUAAUUGGCAUAGUCGAGGCUACGUUAAGAAGGUUGGACUAAUGAUACUGGAUGAAAUUCAUUUACUUGGAGCAGAUCGUGGUCCCAUAUUAGAGAUGGAUCUUUGGGAUUUCUCUGGGGACUGUCUUGAUGCUUUGAGUUGGACAACCAACUUUCACUGUGAUUUCCAGAAAAUGGUUCAAGUCAUUAUUCCCGGACUUCUCUUUUCUGAAAACUAUUUUGGGAAUAAGAAGAAAAAUAAAAGGAUUAAUUCUUCGGAUCAGGACAUUGAUUCUGAUCCACCAAAUCUCAUGAAUGUAGCAUCUUUGAAUCUUUUUGCGUCGCAGGUUAUUGUGUCUCGGAUGAGAUACAUAUCAUCACAGACAGAGCGUUCGGUUCGUUUCGUUGGUCUUUCGACUGCUUUGGCUAAUGCACAUGAUUUGGCUGAUUGGCUUGGCGUCGAAGAGAAUGGUCUGUUCAAUUUCAAGCCUAGUGUUCGGCCGGUUGCUCUGGAAGUUCACAUCCAGGGAUAUCCUGGGAAGUAUUACUGCCCGAGAAUGAAUAGCAUGAACAAACCCGCUUAUGCUGCUAUAUGUACUCACUCUCCUACCAAACCAGUUCUUAUUUUUGUUUCAUCACGUCGUCAGACCAGGCUUACUGCAUUGGAACUCAUUCAGUAUGCAGCUUCCGAUGAGCACCCAAGACAAUUCCUUGCUAUACCUGAAGAUUCAUUACAGAUGAUACUUUCCCAAGUGUUGGUUUGCACCAGUACAUUAGCAUGGGGUGUGAACCUUCCAGCUCACUUGGUUAUUAUAAAGGGAACAGAAUAUUUUGAUGCAAGAGCAAAAAGAUAUGUUGAUUUUCCUAUUACCGAUAUUUUACAAAUGAUGGGUCGAGCAGGAAGGCCUCAGUACGAUCAGCAUGGGAAAGCUAUCAUUCUCGUUCAUGAACCAAAAAAGAGCUUCUACAAAAAGUUUCUCUAUGAACCAUUUCCAGUUGAAAGCAGUCUCAGAGAACAGUUGCAUGAUCACUUCAAUGCUGAGAUCGUUUCUGGAACAAUUAGUCAUAAAGAGGAUGCAAUACAUUAUCUCACCUGGACAUAUUUAUUCCGAAGAUUGGUGGUUAAUCCAGCUUAUUAUGGCUUAGAGGACACAGAUCCUGGAACUCUGAGUUCUUAUUUGUCAAGCUUAGCAGUAAGCACAUUUGAGGAUCUUGAAGACAGUGGUUGCAUUAAAAUUGAUGAGGACAGGGUGGAGCCAAUGAUGUUGGGUUCAAUAGCAUCACAGUAUUAUCUAAAAUACACUACUCUGUCGAUGUUUGCUUCAAAUAUUGAAGCAAACACAUCACUUGAAGUUUUCCUCCACGUAUUAUCUGGUGCUUCUGAAUAUGAUGAGCUUCCCGUGCGGCACAAUGAAGAAAACUACAAUGCAGACUUAUCCAGUAAGGUUCGGUACAUGGUUGACAAGAACCUGCUUGAUGAUCCUCACGUGAAAGCAAAUCUUCUUUUUCAGGCACACUUUUCUCGAGUUGAACUACCGAUCACCGACUAUGUCACUGAUUUGAAGUCGGUGCUGGAUCAAAGUAUCCGUAUUAUCCAGGCAAUGAUAGAUCUAUGUGCUAACAGCGGAUGGCUUUCUAGUACGCUUACUUGUAUGCAUCUUCUGCAAAUGGUCAUGCAGGGAUUAUGGUUUGACAGAGAUUCCUCCUUGUGGAUGCUACCAUGCAUGACGGAAGAUCUUGUCACGACAUUGAGCCGGAGAGGAAUCACAAAUGUCCUGCAGUUGUUAGAUCUUCCUCCUGCAAAUUUGCAGGGUCUCAUAAAUAGUUCCAUUGCUACGAGAUUACAUGAGCAAUUACAGCAUUUUCCUCGCAUUCAAGCUCGAUUAAGAGUUCAGAGACGAAUGGCUAAUGAUAAUCCUCGUGUUACGCUCAACAUAAGACUGGAAAGGACAAACAGACACAAGAAAACAUCACGAGCCUUUGCUCCUCGAUUUCCUAAGGUAAAAGAUGAAGCUUGGUGGUUGGUUCUCGGCAAUAGCUCAACCUCUCAACUCUAUGCAUUGAAGAGGGUGUCUUUCAGGGAUUCAGUACAAAUAAGCAUGGAUAUCCCAUCCAAUGUUAACGACACCCAGGGUAUGAAGUUGAUCAUUGUUUCAGAUUGUUAUCUAGGGUUUGACCAAGAGUACUCUAUCGAGAGACUAUCGUAACCCAACUUUUUUGUAACAGAAACAUGAUGGGGUAUAGUUCAUUGUUAGUUAAUAGUAUAGUAUCAAGUAAGUAGUUCAUUGAGAAUAGUAAUUAUAUUACUGACCUUAAUCGUGGGGACUUUCUGCCAUUUCGUGCUCGUUUUGUCUUUAUUUCUUUUUUGUUCGCUUUUUGAAUGCAUAGAUAAAGUAUCUCGAUUCAUUUGAAAAGCAAAUUGAAUGGACUUAGUUGAUUUUAUCGUUGAUCCCAUGGAUGCACAGUACCAAUUUUUAACCGUCAAUCAAUAUACCAAAAUGAGUGUGUGAUCUGAUAUUGAAAAAUGCUCG